AGCCCACGGAGUUUGUCCCGUCCUCUCGAGUUCCGCAUUCAUCGGUUUAAGAGUAACCAGUAAUCUCUUUUACUUGAGAGAGUUUUUUUUUUUGCAAUUUUUGCAAUCGAAGUGUAAAACAAUACUCUAAAAGUUAGUUCGUACCAGUUUGAAGAUUGGUUCCAAAAUAACAAUAAAAAUUUCUUUUUACGCAAAUUAGACAACCAGAACAAAUAUUAUAAAGUUAAAGUCUACGAAUUCUCCGAUUUAAAAAAAAUUGUCAACGAAAGAAAAAGAAGUAUAGAAACCAGAGACUGAAACUGUUCUUGUUUCAUGUUAUUUUACCAAAUUCCCAAAAAACUUUAUAAACAAGUUUAUAAAAAAUCUGCGUCAGUGAUACACGUUCCAAGUGCGUCUGGCAUACUCGGCUACACGAAUUCUCAUUUCAAAACUCUUCGAAUUACUAAGGAAGUCCGAAGCCUUUACUUCAUGAGAAGACCGUGGUACAAAUUUCAUCGGAGUCGGUGCCAUAUAGACGUCAAUUGACACGCAGUAGAAAAGUUUUGCAUUACUUCAGACUGCGUGGUGCAAGCAGUGCUGGAAGUUUGGUGUGAAUCUAAUCAAGUUUGACUUGACAAAACAUUGUCUGCAAUAAUUUAUUAAGCAUUCGAAGACUUUUAUGCACUGCUAUCCAUUUGCGCUCGAUAAAGACAUUAACGCUUUUUACACUCCUCGGCAACCGCAGCAGAAUGUAAAAUAAAAGUGAACCAAUUAUAUCCCGAGUGAACUACCCACGUCCACCUUGAAAUCGCGUUACGCGUAAUUAUACCUAUUUCUGAUGUCUGGUCCCUUUCGACUUAUGACAAAACGCUAGAUCAGCGUAUUAAGCAUCUUUGAACGCCAUUCUUACUACCCAGUAUUAUUCUAUUAUCAGCUUAUUGCAUAAUUCCAUAUAGAAAGAGAAACGAUUAUCGCUACUGCAGCGAAGGUGCCCUGAUCUCUUUUCUGCAAGCGUCAUUCAAACCUAUAUUAUCCACUUGUUGCGGUCGCUACGGGUAGCAGCCGACGGAGAUAAAAAAGAAAAGAAAAAGUUCGAGGGACGUUGGAUUAAAAGUAAUUUCAAGUAAAUACAGUCAGAAAAACUGGGUGGUCAACUGGAUACUAGAUGAGCUCAAAGGGUUCUUUCUGCCUCUACCUCCGGUUGAGUUCCAGGCGCGUUUAGUCUUUGGAGAGACGUCCAGUUCUCUGAACCUUUCCGACUGUUGAACGAAAAUUAAAUUUUACUCUAUUUAAUCGGACACAUUCUACAGUUUCUAUGUAAAGCGAUCAAGUUUCCAAUAAGAAGUGACCAGGUGGCAUUCGUUGCUAUUUUUUAGUGAAAUUUAGAUUUUUUUCAAAUCGAUUUACUUCAAUUUUGCAUCCAACUAUGCAGAUUACCUCGAAACAAAUAUGCUUCGCCGUCUAUUUCGUUCGAUAAUAAAAUGAACCGGUGUGUCGGACCCGUUUGACAGCCUCGAAACUAGUAAAAAACCAGUUUAGCGGUAGUAGUAGACUAAACGACAAGAACGACGCCUUGCAGCUCAAUCCAAUUAAUUGGAAGAGGUAGCUGAUCAACUUGUAGUUACAGUAGAAAGUGAAGUGAAUGCGUAUUUCGUGUAAACGUUAAUGUCGCAGAUGAACUGUGAGUAAUAAAAUAUUUCUAGCGUCCCAAGUAUCUACUCAACAAUAUCCAAUCGACGACUGAUUAGAUAGCCAAUAUUUAUCGGUGCCAAUUUGCUAGGAUCACGUGCUGCGAGUGACGCUAUCAAAUUAAAAAAAGGCGUCGAGAAUUUCUUUCUGAGCUUAAGCAAUUUGAUUCUAUGCUACUCUCAAUAUCUUGCUACGAGUCAUUUCGACACCCAUUUAUCAUAAAAAAUAUUUUGGUAACGACCUUUACAGAGAAUAUGCGAAGACGGUUGGAGAUGCGUCAUCCUCUCCUCUAUUUAAAAGCAAAAAAUCGUCAGUAAAAUGAGAAAUGAACAUCUUUGCAUAUAAUCACUUCCAACGAUUAACAGUAACAUAAGCCCACUGUUACAGCAGCCAAGAGCAUAGGGGUAAGAAAAAAAAUCGCAAAAGGUGAAGACCUAAAGGCUGUGAGAGAAAGAGCGAGACAUGAAUGGCAGAAACUACGGUGAAAAUCUAUCGAAAGAGGUAUUGAAGCUAAUACCCUCCCAUUUCAUCAGCGCAAAUAAAUCCAGCACCAUGCUGCCGCCUUGCGAUAAUUUCGGAAACGGAACUGUCGAGAACUACCAGCAUGGCUGGGUGAAUGUGACGGAUUUUAACGCAUUUGGCGUCGUUGGUUCGAUGAACAACGUCAACUGCCUCGAACAUGCUCCUCAGUUGACAUAUAGCGCCUACGUGAAGGCGGUGGUGCUAUCUGUAAUGGCGGCGCUCAGUCUGCUCGCGAAUGCCGCAACAAUUUACUCGAUAACAAAGAAUCGGCGGAAAAGGCAGAGCUGCACCGCCAUUUACACCCUAAUUCUGCACCUGUCAGUGGCUGACCUAUUGGUUACUGUUUUCUGCAUCGCCGGCGAGGCGCUUUGGAGCUACACCGUCGCCUGGAUCUGGGGUAAUGCUGCGUGCAAGAUAUUCAAGUUCCUACAGAUGUGGAGCCUGUAUCUUAGCACCUUUGUACUCGUGUUGAUCGGCGUCGAUAGGUUCGUCGCUGUUAGGUACCCCAUGAAGAGCCUCAAUACUGCUCAGCGUUGCAGCCGGCUCGUGCUAUUGACCUGGGUGGUUUCCUUCAUUCUCAGCAUACCUCAGUUGGUGAUAUUUCACGAAGCGAGCGGGCCCUUCGUUGAAGAAUUUUGGCAAUGCGUCACACACGGAUUCUAUACGGAGCCAUGGCAGGAGCAGCUCUACACGACGCUCAGUUUGAUUUUCAUGUUUCUGCUGCCUCUAGCUAUCUUGAUAUCCACAUACGUAUCGACCGUAGUGACGAUAGCUCGCAGUGAGCGCGUAUUCAAAACUGAACUUGCCAACAGUAAUACGAAUCACGUAUCUGGGGACCUAAAUCGACGCCGUCUGAUGCAUCGCGCCAAGACUAAGUCCUUGCGAAUCAGCGUCGUCAUCGUGGCUGCCUUCGUUCUAUGGUGGACGCCCUAUUAUACCAUGAUGAUCAUCUUCAUGUUCCUGAAUCCAAACAAACAUCUAAGCGAAGACCUACAAAGUGGAAUAUUCUUGUUCGGAAUGAGCAACAGCCUUGUCAAUCCAUUGAUCUACGGAGCUUUCCAUCUCUGGCCACAAAGAAGACGGCGUCAAGGCAGUAACUACAGGGAUGGGUCAACGGGUCAACACCGAACGACGUCAACGAACGCGAGCAUGAUGCUGGCGCAGAGAGGUAGCAGCGUACGUUUAGUGCGUCAACCAACCAAAAAUUCAAACCUUGCCUUGAACCUAGACCGUAGUAAUUCCCAACGCUCUGACAAGACGCUACUCGUUCAUCUUCUGCAGGACGAAUCGCGGAACAACAACGAAACAUCAAUCAAUGACCGACAGGCUCGCGUUGUCUUGCGGUAUAGCGGAACCGAAAACGGUAACGGGGUGCAUUUCGAUACCAAACUUGGGGAUCACCAAGUCUGACUUGAAAAGUCUGUGA